CACCCCAAGCCGCUUUCACAAACUCCUUUCUUACGCCAGGUUUCUCCCCUCUUGCCGCCGGAGCGGGAGACUCGGCUGGGGCCCUCUUCUCCCUCCCCUCCCACCCCUCCUUUCCCGCGACCCAUCGGACCCGGGACCCAGGACGGUGUUCCCCCUCCCUCACCCCAGCAUCAUGCAUCGGACAACUCGGAUUAAGAUCACGGAGCUGAACCCCCAUCUCAUGUGUGCCCUCUGUGGGGGAUACUUCAUCGAUGCCACCACCAUUGUGGAAUGUCUACAUUCCUUCUGCAAAACCUGCAUCGUUCGAUACCUGGAGACCAACAAGUACUGUCCCAUGUGUGAUGUACAGGUGCAUAAAACACGGCCACUGCUGAGCAUCAGGUCAGACAAAACCCUUCAAGACAUCGUAUAUAAACUAGUCCCUGGACUUUUUAAAGAUGAGAUGAAACGCCGGCGAGAUUUCUAUGCAGCCUACCCUCUCACUGAAGUCCCCAAUGGCUCCAACGAAGACCGGGGGGAGGUCCUGGAACAGGAGAAGGGGACCCUGAGUGAUGAUGAAAUCGUCAGCCUCUCCAUUGAAUUUUACGAGGGUGUCAGGGACAGGGAAGAGAAGAAGGGCGCCCUGGAGAAUGGGGACGGGGACAAGGAGAAAAAGACAGGGGUACGGUUCCUGAGAUGCCCAGCAGCCAUGACGGUCAUGCAUCUUGCCAAGUUUCUCCGUAACAAGAUGGAUGUGCCCAGCAAGUAUAAAGUGGAGGUGCUGUACGAGGAUGAACCCCUGAAGGAGUACUAUACACUCAUGGACAUUGCCUACAUUUACCCUUGGAGACGGAAUGGCCCUCUCCCACUCAAGUACCGAGUCCAGCCAGCCUGCAAGCGGCUUCCACUGCCUACUGUGCCUGCUCCUUCAGAAGGCACCAACACCAGCGGGGCAUCUGAGUGCGAGUCGGUCAGCGACAAGGCCCCCAGCCCCGCCACCCUGCCUGCCACCUCCUCCUCCCUGCCCAGCCCUGCGACUCCGUCCCAUGGCUCCCCCAGCUCCCAUGGGCCUACAGCUACCCACCCGGCCUCCCCCAGUCCCACAUCCGCACCAGGGGGCACCACCACCAAUGGUGGCACCUCGAACUGCCUGCAGACAACGCCAUCUACCAGCAGGGGGCGCAAGAUGACUGUCAAUGGUACCCCAGUGCCCCCCUUAACCUGAGGCCUAGGGCUUUCCUCCCUGUGCAGCCUCACUUCUCUACCCCCUCCCCCUUUUUCUUGACUUCCCCUCUUCCUUCCUUGACCCAAGCUCCCUCUACUCCACCCUUGGUGGGGUAGAGGAGGGGUGGGUUUUAUAAAUAAAUCUAUCUAUAUAUAUAUAUGUACAUAGGAAAGCCAAAUAUACAUACUUAUUUUCUAUGGAUCAGCCAGAUUAAUUUAAAAACUGCAGGAAACAGAGACCUUACAUGUAUGUGUGUGCAGGUACGGGUGUGGAUUAUGUGUGUUUGGGUUUUCUUCAUUCAUUUUUUAGGGAACUGCAUGACUUCCUCUGGCUCCUUCCCCUUUUUUGAUUCAACAUUUUGGGGGGAAGGGGAAGAGAAGUAGAGUCUUUGGGGGUUGGGUCUGCCCCAUCUUCCCGCUCUCCCCUCUCCUUCAGGAACAGGUAGAGGUAUGGGUCUGAUUCUUUCUGUUCCGUUUGGGGUCCCCCUCCGAGGCCCCAAAGCUUUAGGUAGCCCCAGGUCCUGCAAGGACAGCACACCUGGGCUAGCAGAAGCUGCCUUGGGUCUUAGAGGCAGCUUUUGGAGAUGGAGUGUGACCAGAGAGGGGAGGAGGGGGUGGGGAGGAAGGUGGGGAGAGCUCAAUUCUCCACUCAUCGGUCCUUAGUCGCUCCCACCCACCCCCAUGCUUAAUGUAGGGAGCGUUUCUCAGACAGUGCCUUUUGCAAAUGCGGUUUGUCCUUCAGUUCAGAGUGGGGAGAUCUGGAAGAGGGGGGCAGGAGUCUCCACCUCUCCCCUUCCCCCUUCUCCCAGCCUUGUAGCUUCUGUGGAUAGAUUAGAUUCUUUUUCCUUUUGUUUGUGACCCUUUUGGCAUUAAUCUUGCUGAAGGAGAGAACUGGUGGGGGAGGAGGGGGAAAGGAGGCAUCAGCAGCUCCUGAACCCACCCGGAAGUUAUCCCAGGGUGGAUAUUCUUCCCCUCCCCCCCACUCCCAUUCCCCUUUUGCCAGGGGUUAACUGAGGCCACAAGUGAAGUCCAUGUUUGGGACUUUUUGGGGAGAGGGCAUUUGAACCUCACACAAGCCCCUCACACAAGCACACUGACCCCAGACUUGGGAAAAGUUCCCGGGAGGGUUGGCAGCCCCCCUCCCCCUUCCCCCUCCCAGGGGCCCCACGUUCAGGACAGAUGUAAAGGGGGAUUUCAAAGCACAAGACAAAGGUAGGACUACCAGGGUCCCUCUUUCCCCAGGACUGAUGUCUGCAGAUUGAGCAGACACCUCUGUUUGGGUGGGGUGGGGGCAGCCCCAUCUAGAAGGUAGAAUUUACUAGGUACAGGGCUGGGUUGGGCUUCUCCUCCGAUCUCAUAUCCUCCUCAAGCAGUCACAGCUUGGCCCUGUCAUUCCUAUAGUGUAAAUAAUGAGAAGGUGGGAUGGGGUAAGGAGGCAGGGCAACAAUCCCUGACUCUUCUGUAGGGGUACAAUCAACCAAAUGGCUUUGUCUGUGUGCAUCCUGUCCUUGUUUCGGGUCCUGUGAUCUGUGUGUUCCCUCCUUCCCUCCCUCCCCUCUGCCUUGGCAUUUGUACGACUAAUCAGCUUUGUAAUAAAUGCUGCAGAUUCUCCUUGG